AUGCAAGACGACGCGUCCCAAGUCGGCUACUACGACACCGACGAACUCGUCCAACAGCGCGACGAAUCGAGCGACAUGCUCUCCCAAAUAGAACCCCUCUCGGACGAGUCGUUGCAAGCUUUGGGGAGGUUGGCGAGGUACAAACCGCCGUUGGAUACGUGUGAGUUCACGGAGGGACCUGUGUUGAUGUCCCGGGGGCACUUGUGCGCUCAGUGGUCGGUAUUUGUGGGGCUUGAACCAGCUCGGCUGAUCACGAACGCCGGUCCGCGCUUCCAACCACGUAGACCCGGUCCCAGCAGGUCGAGCCGCUGUUCUCGUCGCCCUCUUUGGCUCACGAACGGGGAAGAACCUCAACGUACUACUCUCUACUCGCUCAAAGACCCUACGCACCUUUGUGAGUGGGCCCACCCAAGCAGUAAAGAUCCGGGAGCACGAGCUGACUCCAAAAGUGGGGCCCGCGGCGUGGGGUGAUCGAUGACCGAAUUCAUUAGCCGGGUCAUGUCGCUUUACCCGGGGGCAAGAUGGAGGCCGGUGGUGAGUGGUCCGGUCGUGCGGACUCUUUGCAAGAUAGAGAGCAAUAUCUGAGACUGGCUCCAUAUACUUCCCGUCUCAUAGACAUGAACCUCGAAGCUACUGCCAGGCGGGAAGGUCAGUGUUUAGAAAGCCGGAGAAUUCUUCGGCAAAGCUCCCCGUUGCAACAAAGGACGGUCCUGACGCACGUCUUUGUUGCACAGCGUUUGAGGAAGUUGGUCUUCCGUAUAAUGCGGAGAAGAUCCGGUACUUGACCACUCUACCUCCUUACCUGGCGAGGAACCUGUUGCUCGUGACGCCCGUCGUCGUUUUCGUGAUUGAUUACUCGCUCAAGGUGCGCGCAAGCUUUCAGGGAGCACCACGGAGGCAUCACCAACGAGAACCGACCUGAAUUCUUUGUACAGCCCGAACUGAAUGCAGACGAAGUCGACACCGUAUUCUCCUUCCCCCUCUCCGGAUUCCUCUCCGACACCGGCUCGGACCCCUCUCUGACCAAUGCCGUACCCAAGGACGUUAUCACCGGCGAUAAACCCUACCACACCUACGCCGACUACGAAUGGUUCGACAGGGUGCCUUCACGAUUCCAUUCGUUCGAAACGAAUCAUAAGCCUGUCACGGGGUUGACCGCGGGCAUUUUGAUUCAGGUGGCGGAGAUUGCUUAUGGGCGGAAACCAGCUUUUGGGAAGGAAGCUCCGGGGGAGAAGAGUCGCGAGGAGGUGAGUGAACAGCUUCAGGAGAUAGUAUGCUCAUCAUGUGCUCAAGCGCUGACUGCCGGCUUUGGUCACCCUCUAGCUCUUUGAGGCGGCUUCCAAGGAUCCUCGGUGGAAAGUCGCGAGGGCACAACCCAGCAUCGAUGAUACACCCCCGAGUAGUAAAUUGUGA